UUUGGCCAAUGGUACAACUGUAAACUGUUAGAGUACACUCUCAGAAGUAGAAGAACCUCAAGGAACCUCUCCUCCUCCUCCUUCUUUUGUCCUCCUCUUUCUUCUUGUUCUUCUUCUCUUGGUUCUUCUUCACCUUCUUCUUCUCCUUGUCCUGCUGCUUCUUUUUCUCCUAAUGCUUCUUCUUCUCUUCAUGCUUCUUCUUCUUCUCUUCAUGCUUCGUCUUCUUCUCCUCAUGAUUCGUCUUCUUCUCCUCAUGCUUCGUCUUCUUCUUCUCCUCAUGCUUCGUCUUCUUCUCCUCAUGCUUCGUCUUCUUCCUCUCCUCAUGCUUCGUCUUCUUCCUCUCCUCAUGCUUCGUCUUCUUCUUCUCCUCAUGCUUCGUCUUCUUCUCCUCAUGCUUCGUCUUCUUCCUCUCCUCAUGCUUCGUCUUCUUCUUCUCCUCAUGCUUCGUCUUCUUCUCCUCAUGCUUCGUCUUCUUCUCCUCAUGCUUCGUCUUCUUCCUCUCCUCAUGCUUCGUCUUCUUCCUCUCCUCAUGCUUCGUCUUCUUCCUCUCCUCAUGCUUCGUCUUCUUCCUCUCCUCAUGCUUCGUCUUCUUCCUCUACUCAUGCUUCGUCUUCUUCUCCUCAUGAUUCGUCUUCUUCUCCUCAUGAUUCGUCUUCAUCUCCUCAUGCUUCGUCUUCUUCUCCUCAUGAUUCGUCUUCUUCUCCUCAUGCUUCGUCUUCCGGGUUGUCUCCUCAUGCUUCGUCUUCUUCUUCUUCUCCUCAUACUUCGUCUUCUUCUUCUCCUCAUGCUUCGUCUUCUUCUUCUCCUCAUGCUUCGUCUUCUUCUUCUCCUCAUGAUUCGUCUUCAUCUCCUCAUGCUUCGUCUUCUUCUCCUCAUGAUUCGUCUUCAUCUCCUCAUGCUUCGUCUUCUUCUCCUCAUGCUUCGUCUUCUUCAUCUUCUCCUCAUGCUUCUCCUCCUCCUAGUUCUCCUCAUUCUUCUCUUGCUUCUUCUUCGCAUUCUACUCAUCAAAACUCUCAACAUGAGUUUGGUAAUGUGGCUCAUUUAGAGCUUCAUACAGACGCUAGCUAAUUUCUAUUUAAAG